UAUGUUGACGUUUCCGUCUCCGGCAGACAUAUUGCUUACAGGAGCAAAUUGUGGAAGGCUAGAAGAGACAGAGAGAGGAUUCACAUUUGAUUUAUAUCUCCACGGCUCGAUACGCUCAAACGACACAGGACGUGAUGGAGCCGUCAGCCAGUCCGGCCAAAGACAACUACAGGAUGAACCGCUACAAGAACAAAGCGCUGAACCCUGAGGAGAUGAGACGCAGGCGGGAAGAGGAGGGCGUCCAACUCAGGAAACAGAAACGAGAACAACAGCUUUUCAAGAGGAGGAAUGUUGAUGUUCUCAAUGAAGAGGAGGCCAUGUUUGAGAGUCCGCUGGUGGACCCGUUUCUCAGCUCUCCGACAACAGAAGGAGUCAUUACCAGAGACAUGGUUGAGAUGCUUUUCUCGGAGGACCCAGAGCUUCAGCUCGCCACAACACAAAAGUUCAGAAAACUACUUUCUAAAGAGCCCAACCCCCCGAUUGAUGAAGUCAUAAACACGCUUGGAGUAGUUGAGAGGUUUGUGGAGUUCUUGAAGAAGAGCGUCAACUGCACGCUACAGUUCGAAGCAGCUUGGGCGCUGACCAACAUCGCAUCGGGCACGUCCUCGCAGACAAAGACGGUGAUUGUGGCCGGAGCAGUGCCGAUCUUCAUCGAGCUGCUCAACUCCGACUUUGAAGACGUCCAAGAGCAGGCGGUGUGGGCCUUGGGUAAUAUCGCAGGGGAUAGUGCCGUGUGCAGGGACUACGUGCUGAACUGCGAAAUCCUUCCGCCGUUGUUAAUGCUUUUGACGAAAUCCACUAGAUUGACCAUGACUAGGAAUGCAGUGUGGGCUUUGUCUAAUCUCUGUAGAGGAAAAAACCCUCCGCCGGCUUUUGAAAAGGUGUCCCCCUGUCUGCCAGUGCUGUCCAGGCUUCUAUUUAGCAGUGACCCAGACCUGCUGGCGGAUGCCUGCUGGGCUUUGUCGUAUCUCUCAGACGGCCCCAAUGACAAGAUCCAGGCUGUCAUCGACUCCGGCGUCUGCAGGCGCCUCGUAGAGCUGCUCAUGCACACGGACUAUAAGGUGGCCUCCCCUGCGUUGAGAGCUGUAGGAAACAUCGUAACUGGAGACGACAUCCAAACACAGGUGGUGUUGAACUGCUCUGCUCUGCCCUGUCUGCUGCACCUCCUCAGCAGUGCUAAAGAGUCCAUUCGCAAAGAGGCGUGCUGGACCAUCUCAAACAUCACGGCAGGAAACCGAGCUCAAAUCCAGACUGUCAUCGACGCCAACAUCUUCCCGGUUCUGAUCGACAUUCUGCAGAAAGCAGAGUUCAGGACCAGGAAAGAGGCGGCCUGGGCCAUCACCAACGCCACCUCUGGAGGAACGCCAGAGCAGAUCAGAUACCUGGUGAACCUGGGCUGCAUUAAGCCGCUGUGUGACCUGCUGACGGUGAUGGACUCUAAGAUCGUCCAGGUGGCCCUGAACGGGCUGGAGAACAUCCUGAGGCUGGGCGAGCAGGAGGCCAAGCAGGAGAACAGCGCCACCGGAGUCAACCCUUACUGCAGCCUCAUCGAGGAAGCCUACGGUCUCGACAAGAUCGAGUUCCUCCAGAGCCACGACAACCAGGAGAUCUACCAGAAGGCCUUCGAUCUGAUCGAGCACUACUUCGGGGUGGAGGACGAGGAGCACAGCCUCGCCCCCCAGGUGGACCAGGCCAACCAGCAGUUCCUUUUUCCCCAGCAGGAGGCUCCCAUGGAGGGCUUCCAGCUUUAAGCCCCCUCCCCCCCCCGAACACCCACCUCACCUUUAAAAUGCACCACUUUGCCCCCCUCUGUACCUCCUCGUCUCACGGAGGACCCCUGGUAGCCGGAGCCUCUCAGCCCCCCCCCCCACCUCCCCCGAUCGGCCACUGACUCCCAAACCUCCACACACCCGUAGGUAAAACUGUCCCGCCCUCCAGCUCUCCUCAUCCAGUGGGCCGACUCCUCGCGGGGGGAGGGAGGGGGGGGACCCACGUGUUACCGGUCGAGGGGGGAGCUGCAUUACACUUUCCUUGAAGAGGUCGUGAUGGCCACAUGAAGUCGGCUCUGGCUUCAAGAACGCUCACACACACACACACACACACGCAUAUCGUCCUGCCGACGGUUGGGUUGGUUGAUAUCUUUAUAUAGACUCUUUUGGGUUGUUUCCCAGGGGGACCUUUGCUUUUUUUCCGGGUUGCCCGUGCAAAGUCCCACGAGUGCGAGGUGAAGGCGAGCGCUUGAUGUCAGUGUGACCGGGUGGCAGGAAAAACACACAGUAAAGAUCCCUUGUCGUUUAUGAUCACUUAUUUAUAUGCGUGUGAUUUUCUUUUUUUCUUUGGUUUGCUGAAUCACGAGGCUCGGCUAAAAAGUGUCUUUUUCCACUGUUAACAUGUCUUCUGUUCUUUUGGGACACAUUUCAGGGGAGGAGACUGGAGACUGGGUGUCGGAUGGGGUUUUGAAGGGAUAGUGGAAAAUAGAUGGGGUUUAUAGAGGAUAUGUUUAAAGAUCUAGGAACAUCAAUUAUUUUCGAGGGUGGUGUAGUUAUAGAUCCAAUGUUCGUUGUGUGCGGUGUUAUUAAUAACAAUACAUUUGAAUUCUGGAAUGAUCUAACUAUUAAACGAGGCAUAGCUGGGGCUUCAGGGCGACGGGGGGGUACCAGCCGCACCAAACCCAACUUCCUUUUAUAUUUAAACAAACUGGAUGUAUUGCAGAUGUUUAAAAUGGGGGGGAACUGACGCUUGUGGUGCAGACUCAACUUUUAAUGUCUGAUUCCAUUGAUGCCCGGUGAAAACAGGUGGCUGCUGGUUCUGCGAGGCCCUCGUGCCCCCGCCUCCCCGGCCGUGAGUGUGUGUGUGGGGGGGUUCUGCAUGGCGUUAUAUUACCCUGCGUACAGUCACUGAGGGUCCCGGUCAAACGCUGCCCACCCUUUUUCUUUUACCGUGGCAGCAUUUGCAGGUAAAGAAACAGGAAGUGGGCCACGGCGCCGGUUUGGUGGCGGUGUUGCCGUGCAGUGGCAGAUUUGACCCACGGCGUUCUGGGCGGCGGGCUUGAUGACUGUUGAUGACUCCGCCCGGGUCCGUUGUGUAAAUAGCUUCUCCUCGAGGCUCACGGCGAGCCGGGUCUGUCCGGGGGAACCGCUCAGACCACCAAUUCAAGUAUAAACAUACAUUUGAGUUUUGUAUUUGCAUUGUAUUUGCGCACACUUCAUGCACACUUGCAUACAACACCAGCAGACACCUUACACACACACACACACACACACCUCCUCACAGAUGAGUGGCUAGACGCAAGAAAAAUCAGUUUCCAUGGUCCUUUUUGGAAAAAAAGUUGUUAUUUUUAUUUUUAAAUUGGCUUUUCUCCGGAGAAAAUUGCCGUUUUUGGCUGUUAUUUCAUUUCAGACCACUUACUAUGGUUUUUGUUUUAUUUAAAAAGAAAUGUUGCCGGUGAUUCAAUUUUUAUUUAAGACUUUUUGUUUUAAUAGAAACAAAGAAGUUUUUUUUUUUUUUGCAUAUUUAAAUGUUUCACUGCACAAAGACGUCUCAUGGAAACUUUUUUUUUCGUCCUUGUUUCUAGCCACAUGACUUACGAUGGUUUAAAUGAUCCCUGUGAGCCCUCGGCUCAGAAGCUGAUCCGGGAUCAGGCUUCCGGCCUUGUGGGCGGAGCAGAACUGUGGUUGUGUGAUGUUUUGACUGACGGCACCGUGAGGACGAGCUCGAUCGACCCCGACGACCUCUGGGAGCUCCUGUUGUGUGGAUCACAGAACCCGCCUUAACAUUGAAUCAUGAUACUGUGACCAGAACUCUGGUGGAUUCCACCGCAUCUAAGAAGAGACACUUUACCGUGACGCCCCUUUUAGAUUCAUUUGGUUUCUUUCAGUAUUACAUUUUUACACAAGCCAUAAACUUCCACCAACUGCUGUUGGGUUCAAGUUUGCUUUGCUAGCGAGAUGUUAUCCACAGAACACGUGUGCUCCCAGUGGACACGAGAGUUGAAAUCAUGAAUAAUUGAGCAUCAAGAACUUGCCUCUACAGGACUGACGUGUAGAGCGGCAUUUGUAACGGAAGUCUUCGAUUUCACUCUGAGCUCGGCCGACAAAUAACGCCAGAAUUGCAACGUUUGAAAACGGAGAAGAAGAAAAAAAAAAAAAAGAAAAUAGUGCAUCGACCAGGAAAAACAAAUAUUUAUAUUUCUUGAAAAUGAAAAUGCACUCCUAUUCACAAAAGUGCCAAUCCGACCAACAGAGACUGGAGGUUCUUAUGUCUUUGACUUUUGUUUUUCUUUAUCUUUUAUUUACUUGAAUGUGCACACAUUUUGUGCAGAACAUUGCUGCUCUAUUUUCCUUCUCUUUAAAGUUACGUUAUUUGCCAUUGAUUCUUUGGGGGGGGAGGGAGAGUGGCCCCAGCGAAGCCGUGGUCACAUGACGCGGGCCCCUCCGGCCGCCUGUCGUCCGUCGGUGUGACGAUCCCCGGCGCCGCGGCCUUGAGUGAUUUCACGCGGUGGAAACGGCCGAGUUUAAUAUUUGGCGUUUCUCACGGCUCAAAGCCGGCGCCUCCGUGUGCUGACGGAAAACUAUGAGAGAUUUUAGAUGUGGCAAAUUGUGUAAAUUUAAGCUACUAUCAUAGCGGACGAUUGCAGGUACUCACCGUGUUGUCGUCGUUUACCAAAGUUGCGUCAUCCUGAAGGCUGGUGGGAAUAAUUUACUUGAUGUCUUCAAUACUCACUGAGAAUCUGCUUCUUUUUAUUAGAAGCUGCAAUAGCUCAGUCCUCACUCUCCUCAGCUCCUUUUUUUUGGCUUUUCCUCAAGUUUAAGUACUGUUUUAGGGAGUGAAAAGAUCUGCAAAAUUAUCCAGACGGCUGCAAUAAACCUAUUGUCCAAAAUCAGGCGCCGUAGAGGCAACAACUCCCCUGCAGGUGGCGCUCCGCCGCUGGGUGAGGCCGACUGAGGCCACUGGACAAACUCUGUCAUUCAGAAAUUGUGCAGUGAUUUACAUUAAAAAGUAUUAUUAAAGUUAAACUAUAUGUAUAUUCUGAUACAUUGACGGGGGAUUUAGAUUCUAAUCACUUCUGAGAAGUGGAGAAAAGGCCUCAUUGCAGCACAAGACGAGAGAGAAAACAGGAUCAGGUUUUUCUGGGUUAUAUUUUUGGAUAAUGUGUUUAGCAUCAAACGUUCGUCCCAGUCAGGCUGCACGAUCAGGAACCUCGUUAUCCACGGGGGGGGGGAAAUGAGCAGACAUCACUAAAUAUCUCAAAUCUGACUUGUCUUCCGUCCUAGAAGCUGUUCACGUCUUUAUCAGAAUCUAAAGCCACGCUUGGCUUGGUCAGGUGAUGUCCUCUAUGCUACAGAUGUUUACAAUGCUACAUGUUUGUAAAAAUACUUUUUCAUACGCCACCACUGACCAGUCCCGAUGUUUUCUCUGCUCUGGUCCUUCUCAUUUCUUUUACAUGUAUUUAUUUUCUCUACUCUUGUUUAUGAUUAUUUUUUUUCCCCCAUUUGCUCAAUUACCCAUCUUAAACUGUGACUUGACUUGACUUUACCGACGGUAUGAAUGAGUGACGAGAAACUUCUACACAACUUCAACUAAACAUGUCACACAAACAUGAAGAUGGAAAAAAUGCAUACAGGAAAUAGCAACAAUAUAAAAUGUUAAAGUGUAAAGGAAAUUACAUUGAAUUUGAAAUUGUUCAGUGAAAAUACUGUACAAAACAAAUAAAGUUACGUUACAACCCUUUAA